CGCUUGAGAGAGAGAGAGAGAGCAAUCUCUCGCUUUCUCUCUCCUCAAGCUCUCUCCCACUUCAAAAGAAGCUCCAACCCCCCUGAUGCAUGGCUUCCUCCUCGUCUCCUCCCUGCGGCGUCGCCCUCCGCCCCUCUCUCCGGUGCCCCUCCUCCUCCGCUCCGCCGCCGCGCCUCCUCCGCCUCCGCCCCUCCCGCCUCCCCCUCGACCCCACCAAGCCCUCGCCUCCCUCCUCCUCCUCCCUCCGCUGCUCCCGCGAGAUCUCCUGCGGCGGCGCUACUCGGCGGCGGAUGGCUUUCACCGUGAACUCCCACAUGGCGACGGAGCCCAAGCCCGCUUUUUCGGAGGACCAGAUGCUUGUGUUUGUUCCUCCACAUCCCUUAAUCAAGCACUGGGUUUCGGUUCUAAGGAAUGAACAGACUCCCUGUCCCAUUUUCAAAAAUGCAAUGGCUGAGCUGGGGAGGCUACUCAUGUAUGAAGCUUCAAGAGAUUGGUUGCCUACGAUUUCUGGGGAGAUUCAAUCGCCAAUGGGUGUUGCCUCUGUUGAAUUCAUUGAUCCAAGGGAACCUGUGGUGGUUAUUCCAAUCUUAAGAGCUGGUCUUGCUCUUGUUGAAUAUGCAUCAUCAAUCUUGCCGGCGACAAAAACAUAUCAUCUAGGCAUCAGCAGAGAUGAGGAAACACUUCAGCCAACUGUAUAUUUGAACAAGUUGCCUGAUAAAUUACCUGAUGUUUCUCGAGUAUUUGUGGUAGAUCCGAUGCUGGCAACAGGGGGCACAAUAGUGGCAGCGCUUAAUCUCUUGAAGGAACGUGGGGUUAACAGCAAGCAAAUCAAAGUGAUAUCAGCCGUUGCUGCUCCUCCAGCUCUACAAAAGCUCAGCGAAAACUUUCCUGGGCUUCAUGUUUACACUGGAAUCAUUGAUCCGAAAGUAAAUGACAAGGGGUUCAUAAUUCCUGGACUUGGAGAUGCAGGUGAUCGCAGUUUUGGUACUUAGGUUCACUUUUAUUAUGGUUUAGUUGGAUUUUGGGUUAUUCCUUUGAAAUUUUGACAUGGUGUGCGAUUAGAUCAUUCAUUGAGAAAUUUUGCUUGUUGGGUCAAUCAUUGACUUGUACAAGAGGCGCCCAAAUUGUGAGGCAGAUUAUUGAUGUGGACGACAAAACAGUUGAAAUGUGUAUACUAUAUGAAUAUGCAUCAAUUCGAUAUGGGAAAGAUUGUCAUUUUGCAUUGUGAA